AUGAAGUCCGAAAAGUUAAAACAGGAGACGGAUGAAAAUGGCAACGAGUACUGUAACCGGGCCGUGACCACACCACCAAACAAGCGAAUCAAACUCCCCAAGAACCGAUCACAGCUGGGCAGUGACUUUAUAGCACCGGAUGGUGGUUGGGGCUGGAUGGUGGUGCUGGCUGCUGGAUUUUCCAAUCUCUGCACCUUUCCGGUGUUGCAGCAGUUCGGGCUACUGUUCCGAGAUCGUAUGUCGGAGUUGUCGAUCAGUGCGUCGGAGGUGACAACCAUCAUCAACACACACUCAGCACUGACCUCCAUGGUAGGCUUAGCAAAUGGGCCCAUGUUUCGUCGGUUCACCUACAGGCAGGUUGCGUUCUUCGGUGCGCUAUUAGUAGGUAUCGCAGUCUCCCUCACAUCCCUCGCCGAUAGCUUCUUCGACUACAUGAUCACCUUCGCAGUGUUGUAUGGUGCCGGUGUCGGUAUAAACGCGUCCGCCAACUCGCUUGCGCUAAACACCUACUUCAGACAGAAGCGCCGCAUCGCCACCGGGUUCGCCUGGACACUGACCGGUCUUGGACCGAUCGUUGCACCCCAUCUUGUCACGUUACUGCACCGUUACUUCAGCGUCAAUAAUACGGUUUUAAUCUUUGGAGGCUUCGCCAUGAACGCGGUAGCCUUCGCACUACUCUACCAGCCCGUACAGUGGCACGCAAAAUCUCCACAAUCAACAUCCGAGCCGGAUGAAGCAAACCUACCAACCACUCCACCACCCAGCGAACGUUGCAUCUACUGUCAAACAGCGCAGGAUCCCGGUGCGGUCCCCUUCAAUACACUCCCGGUCGAGCGGUCCGUGCUGGACCUGAUCGCGUACGAUGCCGCCGUUGACACGGGCACUCCGAUGCUGUCGCGCGCAAAUGAUGGCUGGUACUCGCGCAGUUCACUACGCUCACUGUACAGCUCCCGGCACAGCUUAACCACCCCACGGUAUCUUUCCCAGCGUCCAUCCGUCCUAAGCCUUGGCGAUGCGCGUCCAUUCAUCCCGCUCCCGGCAAAGGACGCGACAGCAUUCAAGAUCGACGAGUGCCAGACAGAGGACUGCCCGAACGUCCAGGCCGAACAUAAACCCCUGAGACGUCCCACCGAUCCGACUCCCCUGCUCCACAAGCCCCAUUGGAGUGAGGUGGAGGCACUGCCCACGAACGGCUUCAGUACAGCACCCGCCGAAAAAGACGUUCUCAAGCAGGCGUCCAAGCGACUCGCCCAGCUGGUCGAGGAAGCUCGUCCAACCACUUGUACCUGCUCGGAAACGCUUCAAUCGCUGCUCGACGAUGCUCCGGAACAGGAGCUGCCACUCACCUUCCUGCAGCGUAUCGUGAUCUUCUUUGAUCUGGAUCUGUUACGCGAUCACAUCUACGUUAACAUCAUGAUAGGCAUCACGAUCGCCAACUUUGCAGAGCUCAACUUCUCCAUCCUGACACCGUUCGUCCUGGCGGACUUUGGCUGCAGCCGGGAUCAGAUUGCGAUGGCCAUGUCCGUACUGGGUGUGACGGAUAUCUGUUGCCGCUGCCUCGUACCGCUCAUUGCCGAUCGCAUCAAAUGGCAAAAUCGCACAUUCUUCCUCGUGGGCGUCAUCAACAUGGCGCUUGGUAGAGUCGUUUUAGCGCACUUCCACAGUUACACCGUUGUGCUGGGCAUUGCUUGUUGGAUUGGGUUUAACAAGGGACUGCGGACGGUGUUUAUGGCACUGGCAAUUCCGUCACACGUCCCAUUGGACCGACUGCCUGGUGCAACUGGGCUACAUCUGCUAUUUGCUGGUUUCUUCUACCUGUUCGUCGGUCCCAUUGUCGGAUACGUGCGGGAUGCGACAAAUUAUGCCACCACACUCCAUUUCCUCAAUCUCGCCACGUACACGACGGCAAUCUGCUGGUCGUUGGAGAUGUACUACUUUACGCCACGCGCACGGCGGCGCCAAAUGGCCAAGAAUGCUGCCGGAAGUUGA